CCCUACAUGGCUGUGGGACUUGGGUGUUCGGUGUGCGGAGGGUGUGGACGCAGAGCGGCUGAUCCGUCCACUUUUCUGUUGAUCUGCUGAAGUGCUCUGGAGCCAAACCCUCGCCGGAUGCAGGAAGAGAAAAACCUGAGUCGAUCCAGUAUGAAGGGGGCGUGCAGUCUCCUGCUCUUCCUCAUCGGAGUCACCUGUUUAUAUGGAGUCACUGCUCAGACCACAGUCUGCACUCAAGAGGCCAUAGCUGACAUCGUCUUCCUGGUGGACGGCUCGUGGAGCAUUGGCUCUGACAACUUCCAGCAGAUCCGUCAGUUUCUGGUCACACUGGUCAACAGCUUCGACAUCAGUCCUGAUCAUGUAAGGAUCGGCCUGGUCCAGUACAGCACCAGUCCACGCACGGAGUUCCAGCUCAACAGCUACCGGAACAAGGAGGACAUCCUUAAAUACAUCAAGUCAUUGCCUUACCGGGGAGGUGGAACCAACACGGGUAAAGGGCUGGACUUUAUGCUGAAGGAGCAUUUUGUAGAAGCAUCCGGAAGCCGAGCUGAGCAGGAAGUACCACAGAUCGCUGUGGUCAUCACUGACGGCAAAUCGCAGGAUGAGGUGGAGUCCUACGCCGAGGAGCUGAGGAAACACGGGAUCAUUCUGUAUGCUAUUGGUAUCAAAGAUGCAGAUGAAGAGGAGCUGAAGCAGAUUGCAAACCAUCCGUAUGCCCAGCACGUCCAUAGUGUGUCGGAGUUCGCUGCGCUGCACGGAAUUUCUCAGAACAUCGUCCAGACGCUGUGCACCACAGUAGAGGAAGCAAAGAGGCAACAUCUGCAACUGCCUCAAGAAUGUGCCAAAGCCACUGUGGCCGACAUCGUCUUCCUGGUGGAUGGCUCCACCAGCAUUGGCAUGGACAGCUUUCAGGAAGUUCGGCGGUUUCUCAGAAGUAUCGUCUCAGGCCUUGACAUCGGCCCAGACAACGUCCGUGUCGGCUUGGCUCAGUACAGCGAUGAAACCUACCAAGAGUUCCUGCUGAAGGACCACUUGGAUGCCCAGUCUCUGCUGGCUGCGGUCGACAGCCUUCCAUAUCGGUCAGGAGGCACAGAGACGGGCAAAGCCAUUGACUUCCUGCUGUCUCAGUACUUCACAGAGGAGGCGGGGAGCCGAGCCAGUCAGCGGGUGCCUCAGAUUGCUGUGGUCAUCACCGAUGGCGACUCAGCUGAUGAUGUGGAUGGUCCGGCCCAGCGGCUUCGACAGCAGGGGGUCAUCGUGUUUGCCAUCGGAGUGGGACAGGCCAACAUGGAGGAGCUGGAAUCCAUCGCUAACCGACCACCAUCUCGCUUCCUGUUCACCAUUGAUAGUUACCAGGCCCUGCAGAAGCUGAAGGGAGGUCUGCUGCAGACUGUCUGCGUCUCCAUGGAGGACCAGAGGCAAGCCUUGGCUGAAAAGUUUGCAGACAUUUUCUUCCUCGUGGACGGCGGCAUCACAGCAACUCAGUUCCAGCAGGUCAGAAACAUCCUGGUCCGACUGUCCAAUCAGCUGAACUUUGAUGCUUCAGCCUACCGCCUGGGUUUGGCCCAGUACGGGCAGCAGGUGGAGGUGGAUUUUCUUCUCAAUAAGCACCAAACCAAGGAAGAGACUCAGGCUGCUGUCAAACGCUUCCGCCAACUCCAACUUUCACCAACAGACCCACGAAAUCUGGGCGCCGCCUUGCUGCACGCCAGCAAAUUCUUCUUCACUGAAGAGGCAGGAAGUAGAGCACAUCAAGGCUACCAACAGUUCCUGGUGGUCCUGAGUGGGAAGGACUCCAGCGAUCCCGUGUAUAAGCCGGCACGUCUGAUCAAAUCAGCUGGAGUAACUGUGGUGGGAAUAAGCCUUGGUGCGUCGAUGAGAGAACUACGGGUGAUAUCCACGUCACCUUACGUCUACCAGUUCAACAACACCAAUGCGCCUCUUCUCCGCAGGACUGUUGAGACAGAGGAAGCAGAGACCUCUCUAACUGGAGACUGUAGAGCCGCCAAACUGGCCGACGUUGUGUUCAUUGUUGAUGAGUCUGGAAGCAUUGGAGUUCCCAAUUUCCAGCUGGUUCGAACCUUCCUACACUCCAUCAUCAGCGGCCUGGAAGUCGGUCCAAACAGAGUCCGAGUGGGGAUUGUCAUGUACAACACAAAGCCCACAGCGAUGGUCUACCUGGACACGUUCAACACCAAAACUGAACUGCUGAACUUCAUCAAGAUCCUGCCUUACCGUGGAGGAGGUACCAACACAGGAGCUGCCCUAACCUUCACCCAGGAGAACGUCUUCGUCACAGAUAAAGGAAGCAGAAAGGAUAACGGUGUCCAGCAGGUAGCAGUGGUGAUCACAGAUGGAGAAUCUCAGGACAACGUGAGCCAAGCAGCAGCUGAUCUUCGCCGCGCUGGAGUCACUGUUUAUUCUGUUGGAGUCGAGAAUGCCAACGAGGUUGAGCUGCAGCAGAUGGCUUCUUAUCCUCCACAGAAACACGUCUUCAUCGUGGACAGCUUUGCUAAACUCAAGUCUCUGGAGCUGAGCCUUCAGAGGAGCCUCUGCUACAACAUCCUUCGCCAGGCAGUCUCAGUCAGUACCAGGAGGACCGGGAUCAAAGAAGGUUGUGUACAGACAGAUGAAGCAGACAUCUUCUUCCUCAUCGACCACUCAGGAAGCAUUCACCCAUCAGACUUCCACGACAUGAAGAAGUUCAUUCUUGAAUUCAUCGACACCUUUCGUAUUGGUCCCCAGCACGUUCGCAUAGGGGUUGUCAAAUAUGCAGAUGACCCAAACCUGGAGUUUGAUCUGAUCACCUACACAGAUGCGCAGACGCUAGGAAAAGCUGUGGAGGAAAUCCUGCAGAUCGGAGGUGGUACAGAGACAGGGAAAGCUCUGUCAUUCAUGAGCCCUCUGUUCAAGGAAGCUGCAGUUUCUCGAGGACACAAAGUCCGAGAGCAUCUGGUGGUUAUCACUGAUGGGAAGUCUGCCGACAAGGUCAAGGAUCCGGCUGAGAGUCUAAGGAAGCAAGGUGUGGUGGUCUAUGCCAUCGGUGUGAAGGAAGCUGAUGAAGAGGAACUAAAGGAAAUAUCAGGAAACCCCAAGAGGACUUUCUUUGUCAACAACUUUGAUGCCCUGAAUCUGAUCAAGGACGACAUCAUCACCGAUAUCUGUACAACAGAUGUUUGCAAGGACAUACCAGGUGACCUCCUGUUCCUCAUCGAUAGUUCUGGAAGCAUCUACCCAGAAGACUACAAAAAAAUGAAAGACUUUAUGAAGUCCAUCAUCAGUACAUCUUUUAUAGGGGAGAACGAUGUUCAUGUUGGUGUCAUGCAGUUUGGUACCACCCAGCAGCUGGAGUUCUCUCUCAAACAAUACUUUACCAAGAAGGACAUUCUGGUGGCGGUGGAUGGCCUUCGUCAGAUAGGUGGAGGAACACUGACAGGCCGAGCUAUCAGCGAGGUGUCUCAAUACUUCGAUUCAGCCAGAGGGGGGCGCCCAGAUCUACGACAGAGACUCAUAGUUAUCACCGAUGGCGAAUCCCAAGACCAGGUCAAAGAUCCUGCUGAGGCUUUGAGGGCCAAGGGGGUGCUGGUCUAUGCCAUUGGAGUGGUGGAUGCCAACACUACCCAGCUGCUGGAGAUCAGUGGAUCACCUGACAGGAUUUACUCUGAGAGGGACUUUGACGCUUUGCAGGACCUGGAGAGACAGGUGUCCUUGGAACUGUGUGAUCCAGAGAGAGACUGUAAGAAGACAGAACAAGCAGACAUUAUCUUCCUGGUGGAUGGCUCCACCAGUAUAACCCUACCCAAGUUCAGAAGCAUGCAGAAGUUUAUGCAGUCCAUGGUGAACCAGACCACGGUUGGCAAAGACCUGACUCGCUUCGGUGUCAUCCUUUACGCCAACAACCCCAAGUCUAUCUUCACUCUGAACCAGUACAGCACCAGACAGGAGGUUUUUAAAGCAAUAUCAGGACUGAAGUCUCAGUUUGGAGAAACCUUCACUGGAAAGGCCCUGAGGUACUCGCUCCAGUUCUUUGAUGGUGAGCAUGGAGGUCGGGCAGAGCUAAAAGUGCCUCAGAUCCUAAUGGUGAUCACAGAUGGAGAUGCUACAGACCAUCAAAGUCUGGUGGCGUCAUCGGUGGCACUGAGGGACAAAGGAGUUCAGGUCUUCAGCAUUGGAGUGGAAGGAGCCAACGUGACGCAGCUGGAGAUCAUGGCUGGUCAGGACACGUCCAAAGUUUUCUAUGUGGACAACUUUGCUGCCCUGGAAACGCUCCACAAGAACAUCACCCAGGUGCUCUGCAACUACACCAAGCCAGUUUGUGAGAAACAGCAGGCUGACCUGGUUUUCCUCAUCGACCAAUCUGGGAGCAUCGAUACGUCCGACUACACCACCAUGAAGAACUUCACAGUGGAAGUGGUGAACAGCUUUAAAGUCAGUGAGGAUUUAGUGCGUGUUGGAGUGGCCCAGUUCAGCACCAAUUUUCAGCACGAGUUCUACCUAAACCAGUUCUACACUGAGAAGGAGGUGUCCAGCCACAUCCUGAGUAUGAAUCAGGUGGGUGGAGGCACCAACAUCGGACUCGCCCUGGACUCCAUCCGGGAAUACUUUGAGGCUUUGCACGGCAGCCGUAGGUCUGCAGGAAUCUCCCAGAAUCUGAUUCUGAUCACAGACGGAGAAUCACAAGACGACGUAGAAGAUGCAGCUCUGCGUCUCAGAGCCCUGGGAAUCGAGAUGUUUGCCAUCGGCGUUGGAGAUGUGCACGAUCUGGAGCUGCUGCAGAUCACUGGUGAUCCAGGUCGGCUGUUUACUGUCAACAACUUUGGCGACUUGGAGACCAUCAAACAGAAGGUGGUUGACACCAUCUGCAAGUCCGAAGUCCCUCUCAAUCCAACAGAUUGCUCCAUUGACAUCGCCAUGGGAUUUGACAUCUCUCACCGGACUGGAGCUGCUGGUGAGACGCUGGUCAGCGGCCAGAACAAGCUGCAGGCCUUCCUCCCAGAGAUUGCCCACUACCUCUCCUCGGUACCACGCCUGUGCUGCACCAACGAGCCCAUCAGCACCAGCUUAGGUUACCGUGUGGCAGGCCGGGACGGACGCCGCCUGCAUGACUUCAACUUUGAGGCAUACAGCGAGGAUGUGGUGAAGAAGGUCAUGAACCUGAGGUUGGACCAGCCUACUUACCUCAACUCGGCCCUGCUUAGAUCCUUCCAGGAGAAGUUCCAGUCCGAGUCUAGAGCUGGUGUGAAGGUUCUGGUGAUCUUCUCAGAUGGACCCGAUGAAGACGUGAUGGUCCUACAGAGAGAAUCAGAACGGCUGCGACAGUCUGGAGUCAACGCUCUGCUCAUCGUUGCUCUGGAGGGCGUCCGUGACGCCACUCAGCUGCAGAUGGUUGAGUUCGGACGGGGAUUUAACUACAAACUUCCUCUGAGCAUCGGCAUGCCGAGCGUCGGCAGCACGGUCCUCAAACAGAUUGAUGCCGUGUCGGACCGGGAAUGCUGCAACGUCACGUGCAAAUGUUCAGGACACGAAGGCAUCCGUGGCUCUCGGGGGCCUCCAGGACCAAAGGGCGUGCCGGGACAGAGGGGAUACCCUGGAUUCCCCGGAGAGGAGGGCGUUGCUGGUGAGAGGGGCUAUCCUGGACCUUUUGGACCUCCUGGAGUCCAAGGCUGUUCUGGACUCAGAGGACAGAAGGGGAACCGAGGUCUUCGGGGGAACCGGGGUGAAGAUGGAGAGGACGGAUUGGAUGGAAUCAAUGGAGAACAGGGCAUGACGGGUCGAGAUGGAGCUCGAGGAGAACGAGGAAACUCAGGAAACCCAGGAAUCCCAGGUAUCCAAGGGGAGCCAGGUCUGAAAGGACAACGAGGACUGAGAGGAGAUCCGGGAGAACCAGGAGCUGAUAACGCCUCUCCAGGACCCCGAGGAGAACGUGGCAACCCAGGUUUACCAGGAGGUCCUGGACAGGAUGGCCAGCCGGGCGGGAGCGGCGGCGCCGGAAACCCGGGUCCAGACGGAAGAAGAGGUCCUUCUGGUGAGAAGGGACAGACCGGAGAGCCCGGUUCUCCUGGACUACAAGGCAGCGCAGGUGCUUCUGGUCCUCAGGGUCCCAGAGGGGUCAGAGGUCAACCAGGACAGAAAGGAAUCCCAGGCCUUCCUGGACCUCAGGGUGCAUCUGGACCAGUAGGAGAACUGGGUCAAGCGGGCCGCCGCGGUGCCAAUGGGCCAAAGGGUCAACCAGGAGAUCCAGGUGACCUGGGUUCUUCAGGACCACUGGGGCCUAGAGGAAGCCCGGGUCAGGAUGGCAGAGACGGUUAUGGACUGGCAGGACACAAAGGAGCGAAGGGAGAUCCGGGUUUCCCUGGAUUCCCAGGUCUCAUGGGGGAGGAUGGGCUGCAGGGACCCAAAGGACUACCGGGUCGCAAAGGGAACCGGGGUCGAGGGGGUAACUCGGGCCUAACCGGAGAAUCGGGCAUUUCUGGAGAUCCUGGAUAUCCGGGUCACGCGGGUCCUCGAGGUCCUCCUGGAGUCAGAGGCAUGACUGAGUGUCAGCUGGUCACCUACAUCAGGGACAACUGUGCUUGUUCCCACGGUCGCUCCGAGUGCCCGGCCUACCCCACUGAGCUGGUCUUCGGGCUGGACAUGUCUGUCGAUGUGACACCUGUGGCCUUUGAACGGCAGCGUUCCGCUCUUCUGGCUCUGUUGGAGAACAUCAACAUUGCAGAAAGCAACUGUCCAACAGGUGCCCGGGUCGCUGUGGUGGGAUUCAGCACCUUCACCAAACACCUGAUCCGCUUCCAGGAUUACCGCCGCAAAUCCCAGCUGAUCGAGGCCGUGCAGAACAUCGCCCUGGAGAGGACGUCCAACAAACGGCACCUCGGUGCUUCGAUGCGCUUUGUGGGCCAGAACAUAUUCAAACGUGUGCGAGCAGGAACGAUGAUGAGAAAAGUGGUGGUUUUCUUCUCUAAUGGAGCUUCUGAGGAUGAUAAUGAGAUAUUAACUGCCGUUAUGGAGUACCGGGCCCAGAACAUCAUCCCAGCUGUCAUCUCUCUAAAAGAGGCUCCUGGUGUUCGUGGAGCCAUGCAGGUGGAUGACUCCGGGAACUCUAUCUUCACUGUUCUGACAAGGCAGCAGAACCUGGCCUCUGAUCUGAAGAAAGUCCAGAACUGUGCCAUCUGUUAUGAUCCUUGUAGGUACUCAGAGGCAUGCUCCUUCAUCCAGGACCCGAUACAGCCUCAGCAGGUGGACACAGACCUGGUCGUGGUUCUGGACGGCUCCAGGGAGAUGCCGGCGGACCAGUUUAUGGGAGCUCAGCAGCUACUGGGCUCUGUUGUGGAGCAGUUAGCUGUGAGUCCUCAGCCCAACCAAGCUGGAAACCGGGCCCGAGUGGCUGUGGUCCAGCAGGCCAAGCUGGAGUUCAACCUGCAGGCCUACCAGAACCAGAACCAGAUGAAGAGGUACCUGAUCCAGAACAUGCGGCAGCAGGGUGGCUACUCAAUGCUGGGACGGACUCUAGACUUGGCCCUGAAGGAGGUUCUGAUGAAGGCGGUCCGCCCACGCAGGACGAAGGUUUUACUGGUGCUGGUGGCCACCCAGACAUCCUUCAGUGAUCGGGCCAUGCUACAGUAUGUGUCCCGGAAGGCCAAGUGUGAGGGCGUGGCUCUAUUUGUGGUGACGGUCGGUGACCGCUACAACCGGACCCAGGUGGAGGAGCUGGCCAGUCUGCCAGUCCAACAGCAUCUGAUCCACGUGGGCCGGCUGCAGGUCAGCGAGCGGGAAUACGUCCAGCGUUUCUUCAGAGUCUUCCUCUCCUCCCUGAACAAGGGAAUAAAUUCAUAUCCUCCUGCUGCUGUCAAAUCCAUCUGUGAGGAGCUAGGUGGCCAACAGACUGGUUUCACUGGGUUGGACCAAGAACAGACUGGUUUCACUGGGUUGGACCAAGAACAGACUGGCUUCACUGGGUUGGACCAAGAACAGACUGGUUUCACUGGGUUGGACCAAGAACAGACUGGCUUCACUGGUCAGGGUUUUGUGGAUCUUGGUGAAAUCAUCAGAGAUGAAGAGCAGAAGACAUUCUUGGAGCUGACAGGUCAGCAGACUCGGAUAGACCAGAUGGACCUGAUCAAGAUUACAAGUCCAGAAGAGAGCCCAAGAUCCAUUUCUGGAGUAAACAUAAAUGCCCGGUGUCAGCUGGAUUCUGAUUCUGGUACCAGGUGUUCUGACUUUGUCCAAAUGUGGUUCUUUGACAAACACAUUGGGUCAUGUUCUCCGUUCUGGUUUGGUGGCUGUGGCGGCAACGCCAACCGCUUUCACACAGAGCAACAGUGUUUCCAGACCUGUGGACUCCAGAGUUCCAGCAUGAAGCUGCAGGCGGAGCGCAGCGACUUCGACGCCAAAGGUUCCUGUCUCCUCCGUCAGGACCCCGGCAGCUGCCAGGACUACACCAUGAAGUGGUUCUUUGACACAACGCAGAGGGAAUGCGCUCGGUUCUGGUACGGCGGCUGUGACGGCAACGACAACCGCUUUGAUACGCAAGAGGAGUGUGAGAAGAUGUGUGUAAUGAAGAGUUGAUGAGGAGGAGCAUAGUAUCAGCUGAUCACUGUGGGAUCUGGUACCGGAGCAGCUAAAUGAAUCUCACCAUACUGAGUCGCUUCUUGAACAUGCAUGUUUGGUUCUAUGGAAGCCCUGAAGGUUCUAAACAACCACCGGUUCAGGAGUUUCCUUGGAUUCAAGUGAAGUACUUGUUUAGUCUGAAGACCGGCCCGAGAUCCACCCCUUUGUUUGAACUCUGAGUUUUUUGUCUGUUUGGCUCUAGCUGAUCUCAAAGACCUGCAAGAAGAUCCAGAACAUUUCCUGGACUAGUUCAGAACCUCUGAAGUCCACUUUGGUCCCCUGCUAACGACACCAAAACCACAACCACUAUGCGGGUCACAGACUCAAUUCAACUACGCUGUGUCUUCAUCGCAGACCACCAGAACCGGUCCUGCAGGUUUCAGAUGGUUCCUGAUUCUAAGAGAUCACUUCAUGUUCAGAUGAAUCCAGUUAUUUAAAUCUGGUAUCACCUAAAACCUGCUGGUCAGUAGACUCCGAUGACCAGGACCCGGAAACACUGAGCUCAGACCUGACCAGACUCACUCAGACCUAAUCAGACCCAUUUGGUUCCAGACUGAGAAACCUUCAGCAGGAACAACAAAACACCAAAACCUUGACUCGCAUUAAAUGUGACGUAUUUAUUACUGGUUCGGAGGUUCUGGUCCGACCAACUUACAACCCGUUUCUGUGAAUCAGAGAAAUCGGAAAACAUGACGUGACCCUUCAGUGCCUUUGUACUCCUGAGCACUUCCUGUUCCUGGGCUCAACUUCCUACUGGACAUGAACUCUUCCCAGUCACGUGUUUCCUGUCAUGAAAUCAGGUGGAUGUUUAUAGAAGGAAUCAGCUGAUAUUAAAGAGUUUAUCAACAGCG